UCCUUCUUCACUCUACUUCCCUUUCACUUCCAUUUUCAUUUCAGAUCCAAAAACAGACCCACAUUUCCAUUUAAUUCACACAUUUGUUCAUCAAAAAGAAAAAAAGAUCCGAUGGGAGUGUUCUCCUUCACCGCCAUAGCUUUGCCGUUGUUUUUAGCCAUUUAUUCCGGCGCCGUCAAUGCCUGCCCACCGUCCGACCGAGAAGCAUUGCUGAGUUUAAGUUCGUCGCUAAAGGAACCAUACUUAGGCAUCUUCGAUUCAUGGAAAGGCACCGACUGUUGCUCCAACUGGUACGGCAUCAGCUGUGACCCCACGACUCACCGAGUCACCGACGUCUCCCUCCGCGGCGAGUCGGAGGACCCCAUUCUCCAGAAACCCGGCCACUCCACUUCCGGCUACAUGACCGGUUCGAUCCACCCUUCUAUUUGCCAACUCGACAAGCUCACAACGCUAAUCAUAGCCGACUGGAAAGGAAUCGCCGGAGAGAUCCCACCGUGCGUAGCGGCGUUACCGAACUUAAGAGUCUUCGAUCUCAUCGGCAAUUCGCUGACGGGGAAAAUCCCAGAACAGAUAGGGAAUCUCCAAAAGCUCACUGUUUUAAACUUAGCGGAUAAUAAGCUAACCGGCGAAAUCCCAACCUCCAUUGUCCAACUCUCGAGCUUAAAACACCUCGAUUUAAGCAACAAUCUCCUCACCGAUGAGAUUCCCGUCAAGUUUGGUAACCUCAAGAUGCUGAGCCGCGCGUUACUGAGCCGAAACCAACUCACCGGAAUGAUCCCAACCUCCAUCGGCAACAUGUAUCGGUUAGCCGACCUUGAUUUAUCCAUGAACAAGCUGCGGGGUCAAAUUCCACCUCAGUUGGGCAAAAUGAAGGUGCUCGCAACGUUGAACUUGGACAACAACAUGUUUUCCGGCGAAAUACCACCGGCGGUGAUGGGGAACUCCGGUGUGGGUAUCUUGAACUUGAGCCGGAACUCCCUCGAAGGGGGCAUACCGGACGUUUUCGGCCCGAAAUCGUACUACAUGGUGCUCGAUUUAUCGUUCAAUAACCUAAAAGGCCCAGUUCCGAAAUCGUUAUCGUCGGCGAAAUACGUCGGGCAUUUGGAUCUUAGCCAUAAUCAUCUUUGCGGUGAGAUUCCCGUCGGAAUGCCGUUCGAUCACCUUGAAGCUUCAUCGUUCGACGGCAACGAUUGUCUUUGCGGUAGUCCACUCAAGACAUGUUAAUACUGUUUUUGCUUAUUAUGGUUGUGCAAGAAUAAUAUAGCUAUAAUUAAGAUUUUAUUUUUAAAUGUGGGUGGGGGGAUCAAAUUGUAAUGGAGUUUUUAUUUUGGGGUUAUUGUUGCUACUAUUGAAGUAUUAAAGGUGGUAUUUUGUUAUUA